CUAUGGCCGCUCGGCUUAGGUUCGCAGGGCUGGUACUACGUCACUUCCGGCGGCGCGCUGCGCUUCCGCUGCGUCUCCUUGGUUCCAGUUCCGGCUCGGGGGCGGCGGUGGUGAAAGUCACUUUGAGUCGCGUCGGUGGUACCGGGCCGCUAAUUAGCAUGGCGGAGGACAUCAAGGCCAAGCUGGAGCGUUACAAGACGGCUCCUUUCGACAGCCGUUUCCCCAACCAGAACCAGACACGCAACUGCUGGCAGAACUACCUGGAUUUCCACCGGUGCCAGAAGGCGAUGGCGGCCAAAGGGGCAGACGCCAGCCCCUGCCAGUGGUACCAGCGGGUCUACAGGUCCUUGUGUCCCACCUCCUGGGUGACCACGUGGGACGAGUACCGCGAGGAGGGGACCUUCCCCGGCAAAAUCUGAGCAACCCCCGCCCCUCCCCCACCCCGGAGCUGGAGGGGGGGGGAGGGGACACGGGACACCACUGAGGGGAGGGACACACACGACACACACUGCUGUCACCC